CUCCGCCCCGCAACUCCCUCGACCAUGAGCGCCCACUCCGCGGCGCCACCGCCGCCGCCGCCGGCGGAUUCUGCACCGGACGACCUCCUCGCCGAGAUCCUCCUCCGCCUCCCGCCCCACCCGUCCUCCCUCUCCCGCGCCUCCCUCGUCUGCAAGCGCUGGCGCCGCCUAGCCCGCGACCCCGGCCUCCUCCGCCGCUUGCGCGCAUUCCAUCGAACACCCCCCGUGCUCGGCUACUUCCACAACUCCCCCGACCUGCCCCGCUUCGUCCCCACCGAGGCCUCCCCCGGCCGCAUCACCGUCGAGGCCUCGUCACUCAGGAGGAACGGAGAGGACGGCAUGUGGUGGUUCGUCGACUGCCGCCACGGCCGCGCCCUCCUCCGCAGCCGCGACUGGACCGACCUGCUCGUGUGGGAACCCAUGACUGGGGAGCGCCGCUGCAUCCCCGUCCCAAGCCAGAUGCUGUCUGGUGCUUCCGGCCGCAGCGCCGCCGUGUUGUGCACAGCCGCCGGCGUCGACGGAGGCUGCCACUCCAGCCCCUUCCAUGUCGUCGUCGUGUUCGCAAGCCGUGGCCGCGUGUCCGCCUGCACGUACUCUUCGCUGACCGGCGCGUGGGGUGAUCUGAUCUCAACGGUGGUGCCAUCACCAUGUGAGGUCUAUGAGGAGUCCCCAGCCCUUGUUGUUGGUGAAUCCCUGUAUUGGCUUCUCAAUAGGGGCAGCAUACUUGAGUUCGGAUUCAGCAACCAAAGUUUAGCUCUGAUUGAUCAUCCCGUGGAGAUGAAUGCCGUUCGCAUGUCGAGCAUCCGUGCUGUGAGGGUGGAAGACGAUGUGCUUGCCCUAGGCUUCCUCGAGGAUUUCAGCCUCCACUUGUGGGCGCGAAAGGCUGCCGAAGAUGGUGCGUUCAAAUGGAUGCCGCACAUGUCGAUUGAGCUGGACAAGCUCCUGCCGCUGCCAAUGGCGGUGGAGCAAAAUUGGCCGGUGGAGCACAAUCGGUCCGGUGUGCUUCGUCUUUGGAUAAGUGGGUUCUCUGAGGAUGGAAAUCUGGUGUUUAUACGGACCGUCGCUGGCAUUUUCCUGGUUUGGCUUGAAACGUUGAAAUUCAGGAAGGUGUCUGGCUCCUUACUCAUGAAGACUAUUUACCCCUAUGCUAGCUUUUAUGUUCCAGAAGGUUUAGGAGUGCAAGCUAUAUAAAAUAAAACAGCGCUUUACUAAGUCACUCUUAUUUGAUGGUUUGCUGAGCCGACAUUCAGUAGUUUACCUAUUUGCCCCAAUUUCAGGAUUUUCCACGAGUAUUUGACAUCACGUCUGCUUGAUCUCAUGAUGUUCUAGUGAUGCAGUUGCCCACACCUCAAAUAAAUCAUUUGCUCUAUUGCCCCUGAACCUUCAGCUUAGCUGAUAUUUUCUUGUUUGCUGAUAUCAAUAGAUAUACAUGAUUGGUUUUAUUUUACUCCUGUACUGUUGUUCCUUCAUUUCCCAUUCCCUUGUUUAAAAUACCCUUAAAGCAAACGACCGCUUAUUUAAUUAGAAAGGAAUC